UAGCUACACAGUGAAUAUGGAUGGUUUCAUGUUGCAGUUUAUGCCAUAAAGCUGGGCACUAUUGAAACAUUUGAGCAUGGAUAAAACUUAAAAGUAACUAAAUGAAACUGAUGAUUUUCGCUUUCAAAACCAAAGCAGCUUCUAACAACAAUGUUAUCUUCACAGUGAUUAUCUUAUUUUCAAGUUUAACCUCAACAAGAAGUGACACCCAAGCAGUCGGUGGCAGAACAAUCAUUGACAACAAAGAUCCCUCCAAAGUCCCUCUCAAGAACAUCCGCAACUUCAGUAUCAUCGCUCACAUUGACCAUGGCAAGAGCACUCUGGCCGAUCGUCUGUUGGAAGUCACAGGAACAUUACAGAGCGACCCUGGCAAUAAGCAGGUUCUUGACAGAUUGCAGGUAGAGAGAGAGCGAGGCAUUACAGUGAAGGCUCAGACUGCCUCAUUGUUCUACAAUCACCAAGGAGAAGAGUAUUUGUUGAACCUCAUUGACACACCUGGACAUGUUGACUUCUCCAAUGAGGUUGCCAGAUCUCUUGCUGCGUGCCAAGGAGUUGUGCUUCUCGUAGAUGCUACUCAAGGAGUUGAGGCACAAACUGUAGCUAACUUCCACCUCGCGUUCUACGGGGAGUUGACUAUCAUCCCAGUCCUCAACAAGAUCGACGUCAAGAAUAUCGAUGUGCAAGUGGCCGCUGAUCAACUCGCUAAGCUUUUCAGUUUUGAUCCAUCAGAAAUUCUUAAGAUCUCCGCCAAGGAAGGUACCGGAGUGGAGGAAGUGUUGAAGGCUGUGAUAGAGCGAGUGCCAGCCCCGCCUGGAGAUUCCUCAGCCCCGCUCAGAGCUCUCAUCUUUGACAGCUGGUUUGACAAGUACCGCGGCCCCAUAGCUCUGGUGUACAUCAGGGAUGGCUCGAUGACUCUGGGAGAUGAAGUUAUGUCAGCUCAUAGCAACAUGACUUACACUGUCAAGUCAAUGGGGAUCUUGCGGCCUCAGGAGCAGCCUACCAAACAACUACUGAAGGGCCAGGUAGGCUAUCUAGUCUGCAACAUGAAGUCUGUCUCCGAGGCUAUGAUCGGAGACACUUUCCAUCUACGCAGUGUGCCUGUAACACCCUUGCCAGGGUUCAAACCUGCACGACCCAUGGUUUACGCAGGCGUGUACCCCAUGGAUCAGUCUCAACACAACGCACUGCGUGGCGCACUCGAGAAACUUGCACUCAAUGACCCCUCCGUCACUGUCGCCAUCGAGUCAAGUCCAGCUUUAGGCCAAGGUUGGAGGGUAGGCUUCCUGGGACUGUUACAUCUGGAAGUCUUCAACCAGAGACUGGAGCAGGAAUAUGGAGCUGACGCUUUGAUGACUGCCCCUAGCGUUCCUUAUAAAGUGAAGAUCAAAGGUAAGAAGAACAUUGCCAGGUUCAAGACAGAUGAACUCCUUAUCUCUGACCCGUCAAAGCUGCCGGACAUUGACAUCAUCACGGAGAUACACGAACCAGUGGUCAAGGGGAGCAUCAUCACACCAUACACAUAUAUGAACAGCCUGAUAACGCUGUGUACUGAGCGUCGAGGAUCACUGGAGAGUACGAGCAACCUGGACAACACAAGAGUCAGUCUCGGCGUUCGUCUACCUCUCAAUGAGAUCAUCGUAGACUUCCACGACAGAGUUAAGUCUCUCAGCUCGGGAUUCGCAAGCUUUGAUUACGAAGACGCAGGCUAUCAGAUCUCCAAUCUUGUUAAGUUGGAAAUCAUGUUGAAUGGAGAAAUCGUGGACGCUCUAUGCUCCAUAGUACACGAGUCCAAGGCACAUGUUGCUGGUAAAAACAUGUGCGAGAAACUCAAGAAACUCAUCCCCCGACAGAUGGUUCCAGUCAUGAUUCAGGCUGCGGUGGGGGCAAAGAUCGUUGCAAGAGAAACCAUCAACCCUUACAGAAAAGAUGUGAUUGCAAAACUGUAUGGAGGAGACGUCAGCAGAAAAAAGAAACUCCUGACCAAGCAAGCUGAAGGAAAGAAGAAAAUGAAAUCAAUUGCAAAAAUAAACAUUCCUAAAGAUACGUUCCUCAAAGUUCUUAAACAGUAAUAUUUGAUAAAAGUACCAAGCCAACCAAUUUGACAUAUCCAUUUUAUUCCUCAAUUUUGAGACUUUAAUGUAAACCCAUGUUAUAGACUUUUAAUGUUAAAAGCUUCAUUGUGACUAACAUAAACAUGUGAAUCAUAAUUGGAAAAAAACCUACAAAAGCAGCAUUGAACAAAUUUUUAAAGAGAUAUUGCUAUUUGUUUGUUAUUUGUUAAGGUUAAGCAUCAAAAGGCAGUCUUCAUGACACAAGAAUUUUGUACAAAUAUAAUAUAAUACUUUAAAAAAGUACUUGUAAUAUUUUACCUGUAGCUGUAUAGGAAAGCUUUUCACAGUCAUCAAAACACAUUUUACAAUUUCUUGGUUGGUACAGUCUA